AUAGUAUAGUACAGUAAAUUGUAGUGCCGUAUAAUACAGUAUAGUGUUGUACAGUAUAGUGUGGUGCAGUAUAAUACAGUAUAGUGUAGUGCAGUAUAAUACAGUAUAGUGUAGUGCAGUAUAGUGUAGUGCAGUAUAGUGUAAUCCAGUAUAGUGUGGUGCAGUAUAGUACAGUAUAGUGUAGUGUAGUGCAGUAUAGUAUGGUGCAGUAUAAUACAGUAUAGUAUAGUGCAGUAGAGUGUGGUGCAGUAUAAUACAGUGUAGUGUAGUGUAGUGCAGUGUAAAACAAUAUAGUGGAGUGUGGUGUAGUGCAAUAUAAUAUAGUGUAGUGUAGUGUAGUGUAGUAUAAGGCAGUGUAGUGUAGUGUAGUGUAGUAUAAUACAGUGUAGUGUAGUGUAGUGCAAUAUAAUACAGUAUAGUGUAGAGUAAUGCAGUAUAAUACAGUGUAGUGGAGUGUAGUGGAGUGCAAUAUAAUAUAGUGUAGUGUAGUGUAGUAUAAUACAGUGUAGUGUAGUGUAGUGCAGUAUAGUGUGAUGCAGUAUAAUACAGUAUAGUGUAGUGCAAUAUAGUGUUGUGUAGUGCAGUAUAAUACAAUAUAGUGUCUUGUGUUUUAAUACAGUACAGUAUAGUGCAGUAUAGUGUCAUGUAUUUCGAUACAGUGUAGUGUAGUAGAGUAGUAGUGUGUAGUAGUGUUGUAGAAUGUACUGAAUGUUAAGAUAGAAUUUGUCCAGGUUUGCUUUAUUGUUAUCAGGCUGUCAGUCGGUCGCGCGCUACUAAACCCUGACUGCACGAGCUCACGAGACUGAGGACCAUCCAGACGCAACACCAUUCAGCCCUGUCCGGAGCUCCCUGCGCGCUCCCGCUGCGGGCACGUGACCGGCCUGCGCGCUCCCGCUGCACUCGCGGUGUGUGAGUGAGAGGCUCGCGGAGCGGCGGAUCCGAGCCCGCGCCGGUGCGCUUGUUUACUGCACGGACUUCACUCGUCACGAGCGGCGGCGGACGCUGAUUAGACCAUGACGUCAGGAGCCGCACCUGGGAAGAAAAGGGUGAGCUCUGAGAGGAGGAAGGAGAGGUCCCGGGACGCGGCCCGCUGUCGCAGGGGGAAGGAGACAGAGGUGUUUUAUGAACUGUCCCGAGAACUACCCCUCCCCCACAGCCUCACCUCCAACCUGGACAAAGCAUCCGUCAUCAGACUGACCCUCAGCUACAUGCGUCUGCGCUCUCUACUGCACACAGAUGUGAGUAAGGGAGGUGAGUUGGAUUCCCAGUGGAGUGGUUGUUGUCUGAAGGCUCUGGACGGGUUCCUCAUGGUUCUGUCUCAUGAUGGAGACGUAGUUUAUGUUUCAGAGAAUGUCAACAGGUGCCUUGGACUUCCUCAGAUUGAUCUGUCAGGACAGAGCGUGUUUGAUUUCACGCACCCAUGUGACCAUGAAGAGAUCAGAGAGAUGCUGGUGCACAGAACAGGUUCAUCUAAGAAAAUAAAGGAGGAGCCGAAUACAGAAAGACGUUUUUUGUUACGGAUGAAAUGCACUCUGACCAGCAGGGGGCGGAACGUCAACAUCAGAUCUGCCUCAUGGAAGGUGCUGCACUGCUCCGGACACAUCAGAGCGCCGGUCAGAGUGUGCGUUCAGACAGACGACUGUGAGGACAGAGGUGUUCCAGCAUCGUACCUGGUGCUUAUCUGCAACCCUAUCCCUCACCCAGCCAGCAUCGAGACGCCACUGGACUCCAGAACCUUCCUCAGCAGACACACACUCAACAUGCACUUUACCUACUGCGACGACAGGAUCAAGGAGCUGCUGGGAUAUGACCCAAAGGACCUUCUUCAGCAAUCUGUGUAUGAAUAUUACCAUGCUUUGGACUCGGACAGUCUGACCAAAACUCACUACAACUUGUUUGCCAAGGGUCAGGCGUGUACUGGACAGUACCGUAUGCUGGUGAAGACUGGUGGCUUUGUGUGGAUGGAGACUCAGGCCACUGUUAUUUACAACAGCAAGAACUCUCAGCCGCAGUGUGUCGUCUGCGUCAACUAUGUCCUCAGCGGAGUUGAAGAUCCUGAACUUGUCCUCUCUCUCCAUCAGUCCGGCUCCAUGGUGGUGAAGCAGGAAAAGAAGGAAGAAGAAGAGGAGGAAAAGAAAGAGGAGGAAGAGGAGGAGAGAGAAAAGCAGGAGUGCUUUCAGAAAAUAGAGACUGCAGUUCUGCAAGAUGACCUCAAGGAGGAACCAGAGGUUUUAAAUCAGCUGCACUUCAGCAGCGCAGAUAUAGAUGCUGCAGUGCUGAAAGACGUGCCCCUCUACAAUGAUGUCAUGUUGCCCUCAAGCAGUGUCCUGCUGCCUCUUUCACCCCUUUUGCCCCCCACCGAUCCCCCCUGUGCCAGUCUAAUCAAUCCGGACACCACUGCUGCCCAGCUCCAGUUAGAGGACUUCUCCUUCCCGUUAUCUUCUGACACAGACACCUCCAGUACAGCAGGGGACACCACUACCUGCUCCACCCAGCCAACUAGUCCACUGACAUCUGACCACAGCUACCAGUGUAAAAUGAACAGCGAGGAGGAAAUCUUCUCCAUAGAGGCGGAGACAAAAACCCUACUGGACGCACAGGCAGUGAAGGAUUUGGAUCUGGAGAUGUUGGCUCCUUAUAUCCCCAUGGAUGAUGAUUAUCAGCUGCGUGUUCACUCACCACUGCAGUCUGGAUGUGUCAGCCAGGUUCCAGCAUCUAAACCAGUUCAGAUAGAUUCAGCACCUCAAGACCAGACACACACCUGCAGCACCAACACACACACUCAACCUGCAGAUCCACCUCCACCAGCACAGCCACUGCAGAGUUCCAGCAGGGUGUGUCAGCCAAGCCAAAAACUGCUCAAGAGGAAAUUAGAAACGAUUUCUCUGUCUCAGGCUGUAGGACUGGUGGUCAGUGACAUACCUACAGCAGGUAAAAAGGUCAGAAGGUCAGAGGUGACAGGGUUACAGGCUCUUCCACAGAAUACCAUGCCAGAGACUGUCACCAUACUACUUCUGCCUUCUGAUGUGGUAGCCCAGUUGUUGGCUGGACCGUCUGAAGGCCGGACACUUCCUGUGCCCCUGCCCCAGCUGACCCGCUACGACUGCGAGGUGAACGCACCUGUAGCUGGACGCCAGAAUCUGCUGCAGGGGGAGGAGCUACUGUAUGCCCUAGAUUAAUGCAUUUUUGUAGGAACACUGGACACUAAAAAGAGGCAUUAAUCUUUAUAGUUAUUGAUGUAGACUACCCGUCAGAGGUGUUGAGACACCCAAAAACAAAGCUAAGGUUUUAUUAGCAGAGGGCUGUGCGCUAAUGCUUUGUGUACAUUUACCUUCAACAUUUUGGGUCAUGUUUUGUUCAAUGUUAUUAUCCCCUGUUGAUAUACAGAGGUGUUUGAAAGUUUGUGAACACUUUAGAUUUUUUUGUUUCUGCACCAGAUAUUAACUAAAAUCUAACUUAAAAAUUAUGGGAAAAAAAAUCCAAUAUUCUUAUCUUAUCAUUUUAUGCACAAGAAACGGGAAACUCUUUAGAGAUCACAAACUUUCAGGCACUUCUGUCAAUAUUUUUAUAUUUUCAGUGCAACUGCCAGCAGUCAGGGAGUUCAGUGAUAAAGAUUAUAUCACAUUAUAUGCAGUUAAUCCUGUUUUAGUCCAUCAGUAACACUGGGAGUGAAAAAUAAUCUAAGUUUAUGUGACAGUAAAUGACAGAACUAACGUACAAUGUUUACCACUACUGUCAGUUUAACGGACAGCAAAUAGAUAAUCAGUCAUAAAUCAUUCUCAUAGUGAUUAGGGCUUCUUGUCAGGAUGUGGGCUUCUGUUGGCGGCUUCAGUGGGCUUCAAUGGAGGGCUUUCCGUCAGUUGGCUGCUCAAUUGGAGAGUUAUGGCCUUGAUUCAUUCAUUAAAGGGUUAUGGCUUCAGUUUAGGGCUUCAUUCGGGAAUGGGGCAUCAGUUUAUGGUUUCAUCUGAGGGUGGUGGCUUAUGGAUGUUUUUGAAGGUGGUGGCUUAAGUUGAGGUAUUUAAGGAUUACCACUUCGGUUGACGCGGUAGGGUUACAGCUUCAGUUGAGACUUGAUUAGAGGGCUACAUCUGCCUUCGACUACUUCAUUGGAAGGUUACGGCUUCAGUUAAUAGCUUCAUUUGAGGGUUAUGGCUUUAGUUUAGGGCUUCAUUAUAGAAUGGGGCAUCAGUUUAUAGUUUCAUCUGAGGGUUGUGUCUUGUGGCUGUUUUAGAAGGUUGUGGCUUAAGUUGAGGCUUUAUUAUAAGAUUACCACUUUGGAUGACUACUUUAUAGGGUUAUAUAUUAAUAGAGCUUCAGUUGAGGCUUCGUAAGAGGGCUACAUCAGCCUUUGACUACUUCAUUGGAGGGUUAUGGCUUCAGUUGAAGGCUUCGUUAGAGAGUAAUGGCUUCAGUUGAGUGCUUUAUUGGAGGGUUAUAGCUUCAGUAGGCUCCUUUGUGAAGGGUUAUGACUUCAACUGACUUUCAUAAAAGGUUACAGCUUCAGUUGAGGCUUCUUUAGAGGGAUACAUCAGCCUUUGACUACUUCAUUGGAGGGUAAUGGCUUUAGUUGACUACUUCAUUGGAGGGUAAUGGCUUUAGUUGACUACUUCAUUGGAGGGUAAUGGCUUUAGUUGACUGCUUCAAUGGAGGGUUACUGCUUCAGUUGACUGCUUUAUUGGAGGGUUAUGGCUUCAACUGACUGCUUCAUGAAAGGUUACAGCUUCAGUUGGUCUUUAUUAGAGGGCUACAACUGCCUUUGACUACUUCAUUGGAGGGUUAAGGCUUCAGUUGAGGCUUCAUUAUAGGGCUACAACUGCCUUUGACUGCUUAAUUGGAGGAAUACGGCUUUAGUUGACUGCUUCAUUGGAGGGUUAUAGCUUCACUUGACUCCUUUGUGAAGGGUUAUAGCUUUAGUUACAGCUUCAUGUGAGGCUUCAUUAGUGGGUUACAUCUUCCUUUGCUUUGUUUUGGAGGAUUACUACUUCAGUUGACUGCUUUGUAGUAGGCUUCUUUUGGAGUUUGGGUUUAGGAUGAUGGCUUUAAAGAUGGGUUUGGGCUUCAGUGAAGGAUUUACUGGAGGGUUACAGCUUUAAUCAACUGCGUCAUUGGAGAGAUACGGCCUGGACUGCUUCAGUGGAGGGCCACAGUUUCAUUUGAGUCCUUCAUUAGAGUGUUACGACUGCCUUCGACUGUUUUUUGGAGUGUUACAAUAUUAAUUGAUGGCCUCUUUUGAGGCUUAUGGCUUCAGUCGAAGGGGUUAUUUGGGGUUUAUUCUUCAACUGAGGGCUUCAUUGGGGUUUGUGUCACAGUUGAGGGCUUCACUGGGGGGUUUGAGCCUAGGAUGGUGGCUUUAUUGAGGGAUUGGGUUGUAGUUAAGGACUUUAUUGGGGCUUAGGCUUCAGUUAAUGGUACCAUUGGGGUUCAUGCUUCAGCUGAAGGCUUCUUCAGUGCAUUUUUGCUUUAGUGAAGGGCUUCAUUGGGUGAUUGGGCCUAAGAUAAUGGCUUCUUCGGUGGGUUUAUGUUUUAGUUAAGGGCUCCAUGGGGGUUUGAAUUUCAGUUGAGGGCUUUUUUUAGGGGUUUGGGCUUCUUUGGGGGUUCGGGUUUGGGGUAAUGGCUUCAUUGGUGGGGUUUAUACUUCAGAUGAGGGUUCUUUUGAGGCUUACAGUUUUUAGUUGACUGCUUCAUAGAAUGGUCACAGCUUCAGUUGAGGGAUUCAUUAGAGACUUACAGCUGCCUUUGACUUAUUUUUGAGGCUAUGUAUUCAUUGGGGUUUGUGCUUCAGUCAAGGGCUUCACUGACGGUUUUGGGCUUAAGAUGAUGGCUUCACUGGGCUAUUGAGUUUUGAUUAUGGGCUUCAUUAGGGGUUUGGGCUUCAGUUAAUUCCAUCAUUGGGGAUAAUGCUUCAGCUGUAGGCCUUCUUAAUGGGUUUGGGCUUUGGUUAACGACUGCAUUGGGGUUUCUGCUUCAACUAAGAGCUUCUGUGGGGGGGUAGGCAUCAUAGCUACAACAUUUUUUAUCUCAUUACUGAUCUCAGUCCAAACAUUCCAAAAAAUAAAGGCAGUUGAUCAGUGCAAAUGUAUACCCCUUUACAACACACACUUGCCUUCUUAGGAGCACAUUGUAUGUAUAUGAUGUUUAUUCUGCACACAGGUCCAAUCGCACAAAUGUACAUAUAUUUUCCUGCAAAAAGAGAGAAAGAGAAAGGCUUAGCAGCAGCAGUUUAUGCGAUAGGGUUUUAUUAGCCCUGCUGUUUUUAUAGUUACUGUCAAUAAAAAAUAAAAAUGUUCUUUGUUCAGCGUCAUGAUGAAGAGCUUAUCUAGUCUGACAUGCAUUGAAUGUAUCUGUGUCUGUAUUAAUUGUAAAGAUACGCCAUGAUUUGUUCUGGUCACUUGUCUGUUGCAUGUACUGUGCUGGAUUUGAUUCGUUUUUGUAACAGUGUAGUCCAUAACCACACGUUCACAGUGGCUGUGAUUAAUACAUUCUGUUUUUGGAUUUCUGGCCACAUUAAUGUAUGUGUAUUACAGCUGUAAGGAUGUAAAUGGGCAUCAAUUUUUUUUACAAAAAAAAGAUUAGAUUUUGUUUCCCUUGAGAUACAUCAUUGGGAGUUGACACUCUUAGAAUGUUUGUCCGCCCAUCAUACUGAGAUGUGGUAUUAUUGAACAUUAUUACUCCUUAUAUAUGGCUA